AUGUUUGGCGUCGGUCUUGGGCCUGACGGAAAGCCAGCUCACUUUUUUGAAGGAUCACUCGGUCCGGUCCCCCAGGCUUACGGCCACCCUCCACCACAGUACUACCAGCCUCAGCACCCCCAGCAGCAGCCCAAUCCCUCGUAUGGAAACGUCUACUAUGCCGUUGGCCACGAUGCUGCCCACCAGGCGUCCUACGAGAGCAAGAAGCGUGGCUACGAUGCCCUCAAUGAGUUCUUUGGAGACCUGAAGCGCCGUCAGUUCGACCCUACCUCCUAUGCCGCCGUAGGCCAGCGUCUGCUCAACCUCCAUGGCCUCCCGCUGCCUCUGACCCACGGCGGUGCAGUGCCAGAGUACCAGCCCAUGCCUGCCAUGGUCGGCGUCGGUGGCGGCCAUAGUGGCUACCAGUCCGCCGGACCCAUCCCGACCCAGUCCUACCAUCUGCCCCCCAUGGGCAAUCUGCGCACCAAAGCUGACCUGAUGAACAUUGACCAAUUCCUGGAGCAGAUGCAGUCCACCGUCUACGAGAGUGAUGAAAACGUGGCCGCCGCAGGAGUUGCCCAGCCUGGUGCCCACUACGUCCAGGGUCCCCUGAGUUACCGCACGACUAACUCUCCCCCGACUCACCACCAGUCACACCACCACCCUCAUGCCACCGCCACUGCCGCUACGACCACUCCGGCGGCUACCACUGCCUCCAUGAUGUCCACUUCUGCUGCUGUCACUCCUGCUUCCUCUGUCUCUGCUGCCAGUAGAUCCCCUCUCGCAUCCACUCCGGCCCUCACUCCUCCCUCCAGCGCCCAGUCCUACACCUCUGGCCGCUCUCCGAUCUCGCUCGCCUCUAGCCAUGGCAUGUCCCCAUCCCAUCACCCUUCAACGGCAGGAAUGUACCCUACUUUACCCGCCACAACGGGCCAGGACAGCCUCUCCUCAUCGGGAUACCCAACCACCGUCUCCAGUGCCGCUCCCCCGUCCACUCUGAGCAGCAUCUUUGAUGAUGACCGAAGACGCUACACUGGCGGCAUGCUCCAGCGUGCUCGUCCUGACAUUGACCUCUCCACUCCCUCCAUCAAGCGUGAUGCUGACGCUGCUGCUGCUGCUAAGGACGAAGCUAAGCUGUCCUCCAGCGUCAUCGAUCCUGCCCUCAGCCGUGCCUCGGCCGACAUGGACGAAGAUGCUGCCCCCCGUAGAAGCCCUUCAUCCACCCCUACUCCCACUGCUACUACUGCUGCUGCUGCUGGACCAGAUGACCGCCAGCCAGCCGGUGAGCAGCAAUGGGUCGAGAACGUGCGUCUGCUACAGAGACUACGUGACUAUGUCCUCGAACGUCUCAACAACGGUGACUAUGUCGAUGAAGACAAGCAGGACGACUCCGACAAGGAGGAAGACGCCAAGACCGACAAAGCUUCCCCUGGAUCUGCAUCUACUACAUCUGCAUCUGACGCCGCUACCGGAGCCGGAGAGUACCCCAGCAUCAAGAUGCAUGGAAUGGAAGCGAUCGCCGCCGCUGCCGUGGCCCACGAGGAAGGAAGAGAUAGUCAGAUGCCACGCGACGACGAAGAUCAGGAGAACCCAUCUACCCCCACUGCCCGAAGCACGACAACCAUGCUCGAUGCCGAGGAAGAGGCCAAGCAAGCAGGAGAGAACCUGUAUCCUGUGCUCAAGAUGGCCGUUGACGAUGACGGAGCCGACACCGACGGCGACGAGAAAAUGGGCCAGUAG